GCUAAUUGCCAACCGUUGUUGAGCUAACUGUUGGGGUAGUGACCAGCCUCCAGUUUUCAUUCGAUACAAACAAGAAGCCGAUCCUCCAAAAUCAUCGACGAUUUCUCCAAUCUGCCUCUUAAUUUAUACUCGCGCCUCCUCGUUCUCUGUCCCUCACUUCCUCUCUCUACCUAUCUCCACCUUUUUUACACGAGGUUGGUUGUUGCUGCAAUGGCACAGACGGCUGCGACGGGGUUGAUUCACGGCGCAGUUGCGGCGAAUCCGGCCUCUGGAUCUCAUCGGAUCCGUGUGGACAAGCUGAGACCAAUUCAUGGCUUUGAAGGGAAGGUUUUGGGACGAACCGAGAAGAAGAGCCACAGCGGAGUCAGCGCCGUGCGCUCUGAACUGCAAGUGAUUCCGGCAGAAGAGAAAAAUCAAUAUUUACAAGGGAUUCCACAACCUGGCGGAACAUCAGCAUCUAUAUGGUCUAAGCCUACUGUCAGCCGGAAGACAAAGAUUGUUUGCACAAUUGGUCCCUCCACUAACACCAGGGAAAUGAUAUGGAAGCUUGCAGAGGCUGGAAUGAACGUUGCCCGUCUCAAUAUGUCCCAUGGAGACCAUGCAUCUCACCAGAAAGUCAUUGAUUUGGUCAAGGAAUAUAAUGCUCAAUCCAAAGACAAUGUCAUUGCCAUCAUGCUUGAUACCAAGGGUCCUGAGGUAAGGAGUGGAGAUUUACCCCAACCUAUUCCACUUACAACUGGUCAGGAAUUUACUUUUACAAUUCGAAGAGGAGUUGGCACAACAGAUUGUGUCAGUGUAAACUAUGAUGAUUUUGUUAAUGAUGUUGAAGCAGGGGACAUGCUUCUUGUUGAUGGUGGUAUGAUGUCAUUCUUGGUGAAAUCAAAGACUAAAGAUUCAGUGAAAUGUGAAGUUAUUGAUGGUGGAGAGCUUAUGUCUCGAAGGCAUCUCAAUGUUCGAGGAAAAAGCGCAACGCUUCCAUCAAUUACUGAAAAGGACUGGGAUGAUAUCAAAUUUGGAGUGGACAACAAAAUCGACUUCUAUGCUGUUUCCUUCGUCAAGGAUGCAGCUGUGGUCCAUGAACUGAAGAAUUAUCUUAAAGAUGCUGGCGCAGAUAUCCAUGUCAUUGUAAAAAUUGAAAGUGCAGAUUCCAUACCAAAUUUACAUUCAAUUAUUACAGCAUCUGAUGGGGCUAUGGUUGCCAGGGGGGAUCUUGGUGCCGAGUUGCCGAUUGAAGAGGUCCCUUUAUUGCAGGAAGAAAUUAUUGGAAUAUGUCGUAGUAUGGGCAAGGCAGUCAUAGUGGCAACAAAUAUGCUGGAAAGCAUGAUUGUCCAUCCCACUCCAACCCGAGCAGAGGUAUCAGAUAUUGCUAUAGCAGUUAAAGAAGGGGCCGAUGCGAUUAUGCUCUCUGGAGAAACUGCUCACGGGAAAUUCCCACUGAAGGCAGUUAAGGUCAUGCACACUGUGUCCUUGCGGAUGGAAGCGACGAUAACUGGGCCACAAACUCCAGCAAAUCUGGGCCAAGCCUUCAAGAAUCAUAUGAGCGAAAUGUUUGCAUUCCAUGCAACAAAGAUGUCUAAUAACCUUGGAACUUCAAUUGUUGUCUUCACUAGAAGUGGCUUCAUGGCCAUUCUACUGAGUCAUUAUCGACCGCGUGGCACAAUCUUCGCUUUCACAAAUGAGAAGAAGAUACAGCAGAGAUUAGCUCUAUACCAAGGCGUUUGCCCCAUACACAUGGAGUUCUCUACUGAUGCUGAGGAGACAUUUACCAAUGCUUUGGCUUUAUUACAGAAGCAAGGACUAGUGAAGGAAGGCGAGAAUAUCGCAGUUGUUCAAAGCGGUAAACAGCCCAUCUGGCGCUCCGAAUCCACACAUAAUAUUCAACUGAGGAAAGUAUAGCUGGCAAAGGGGAUCGGGAAAUCAUUGCCACUGUUCAUGGCUGCACAAUGAGAAACAAUGUUGAUUGUUUGUUGGAUGCUUCAAUCUUUUCAAUUGAACGAUGCAGCUUGCGUGUUGUAACCUUAAUAUUUUAUUUACCUUUGAGCGAAUCCAUUGGUUCGAUAAUAUUUUGCUCCCUUUUGAUCUUUAAUGUUACUUGGCUUUCUCUCUUGAGCUGGAAUGGUAUUCUAGUUGAAUGAAAGUAGGUUGAGAAUUAUACAAAGGUUUUUUAACUA